AUGAACGGCGUAAUCUGGAGCAAGACACAGAAAACUUUUGUUCCAAUUUCCAGCGUUCCGAUGUUUACCAUGAUACAACAAGAACAUCUUAGACAAAGUCGAGCAUUGGAAAUCCACAAUUUCCAAUUACAGAAUUUGACUGUAACAUCCUUCCAGGAAUCGCAUUUUUUUGAAUUUUACGAUAAUGAUACGAAAGUUAGAGGACUCUGCGGCGAUUUAUGGACUCUUCUUUCUGAAAAAUUGAAUUUUACAUUACAGGCAAUAAGAUCAAACGAAAUUAGCGCAGGUGUACUGAAUAAAAACCAAACCGUUUAUACAACAGGGUUAUUAGGUAUACUUACGCGCAAUGAAACUAUCGCGAUACCCAAAACUGAAAUGCAUGAUAAUCGACUUGUAGCUACUGAUUUUACAAUCCCUUUAUGGAUGAGUAGCCAGCGAUUGUAUAUUCAACAUGAGGAAAUACAUGACAGCACAUGGGUGGCAGAAGUAUUUUCCUGGAAAAUAUGGUGCUUUGUAUUAGUUAUGCAUUUAUUAAUAAGUGCAUGCAGUUUUUUGUCACAAACUGUUCAUUUACGGAUCAAAAAUUGUAAACGCUCGACCUUUGGCGACCAUAUUUUUUACAACUUUGGAAUGAUCUGCAAUCAAAAUCAAAUUCCUAAUAUUCUUGUUGGAAGAUCAAGGAUAAUAGAAUUAUCGCUGGCAUUCUUUUGUUCUAUAUUGUACAUAUCAUUUGGAGCUUUGUUAUACGUGUAUAUAACAAAAAGAAUUAACAUUAUAGCGCCAUUCGAUAAUUUGAACUCUCUACUGACAAAUACCGAAUAUAAAAUUAUUUCUUUGGAAGGUUCUACUGCAGAUAUCGCGUUUAAGAUAAUCAAUGACGAUAUUUUUGAACGAAUAAAAACUGCAGAAUGCCCGCACCGCCUCGUCAUUGCACCAACGGUCGAGAAAAUGUUUGAAUUGGCAUGUAUGAAAGGUAAAGGGAAAUAUACCAUACUCCAAGGUGAAGAUGACUACAAAGCAAGAAGUCAAAUUGGAUGUCAUAUGAUCCCAGUUGGAAAAUCCUACUUCAAGAUAUGGGUAGCUUCCGGCAUUGUGAAGAAUUUUAAAUACAAAAAAACUAUUGAUCUCGGGAUACUCAGAUUAAAAGAAGUUGGAUUGUGGAAUGCAUUAACAUAUCGUUGGUUAAAUGAGAAACACCGAUAUUAUGAUUAUAAUCUAGCCAAGCAAGAAGCUAUUGGGAUAGAUCAAGUUUCUUUUAUAAUUUUAAUAAUGUGCUGCGGAAUGAUAAUAGCUUUUAUUAUUUUUAUAAUCGAAAAAAUUGUGUAUAAGUACAGAUCACCGUGA